GCAGUGGGAGGAAGGGAGGGGGAGAGCCGGCGCCAUUUUCCCAGAGAGAGGCAGUGACAUAGGAGGGAGCGUAGGCGGUUGCGAGGAGGGAGACACGGGAGCAAGAGCAGCAGUGGCGGCCGCGGCAGCAGUGGCAGUUAGGGGGUUGUGCAGAAGUCCUAGGGCGAAGGCGCUUCUUACCUUCUCGCGGCGGAGCCCUGUGCAGCGAGCAGCGUUCAGGGUCCCUGCCAUUCACCCUCCCCCGUUCCCCCACAGGCUACUGACGGCUACGUCCUGGUCAGACGAGGGACAUCCGCAGUGGGACUGUUGCAUUGUUUUGGUUGGGAUAAGAGAGGGGCUCAGUUAAAGGGGUGCUACUGCUGCCUGGCCUGCGACCAUUACAGGUAAUAAAGAUGAGUUACUCCAGUUGCUUGAACAACUUCAUCCAGACAGUAGUAAUGAAUGGAUCAUCAUCAAACUGGAAAGAGAUGUUUCAGUUUCAUUCCUUCUGAGUCAGUCAGAGCAGAUCAGAUGAGUUUGUGGAUGCACUUAGAUGUUUGCAAUGAGCACUGUGGCUGGCAUGCCCCAGUGUUUUGGAUACCAAUGCACAGAACUCCAUAGUAAUCGAAUUUAUCAGAAACGAACGUCAUGAGCAUAGUGGUCCCGUUGGGGGUUAACACAGCACAAACUUCAUAUUUGGAAAUGGCUGCAGGCUCAGAACCUGAAUCUGUAGAAGCUAGCCCUGUGGUAGUUGAGAAGUCAAACAGUUAUCCACACCAGCUAUAUAACAACAGCUCUCAUCAUUCACACAGUUACAUUGGUUUGCCUUAUGCAGAUCAUAACUAUGGGGCUCGCCCUCCUCCAACACCUCCAGCUUCUCCUCCUCCAUCAGUUCUUAUAAGCAAGAAUGAAGUAGGCAUAUAUACUGCUCCGAAUUUUGAUGAGACCUCCAGUGCUACGACCAUCAGCACAUCUGAGGAUGGAAGUUAUGGAACUGAUAUAACCAGGUGCAUUUGUGGAUUUACACAUGAUGAUGGAUAUAUGAUCUGUUGUGACAAAUGCAGUGUUUGGCAGCACAUUGAUUGUAUGGGGAUUGACAGGCAACAUAUUCCUGAUACAUACCUCUGUGAGCGUUGUCAACCUAGGACUUUAGAUAAAGAAAGAGCAAUGCUGCUGCAGCGUAGAAAAAGAGAAAAUAUGUCAGAUGGCGAUACUAGUGCAACAGAAAGUGGAGAUGAGGUUCCUGUAGAAUUGUAUACUGCUUUCCAACACACACCAACAACAAUCACUCUAACUGCUACACGAGUCACCAAGGUUACAGAUAAGAAACGGAAAAAAAGUGGGGAGAAAGAGCAAAACAUCGCAAAGUGUAAAAAGGCUUUUCGGGAAGGUUCUAGAAAAUCUUCAAGAGUUAAGGGCUCAGCUCCUGAGAUUGAUCCUUCUGAUAGUUCAAACUUUGGAUGGGAAACUAAAAUCAAGGCAUGGAUGGAUCGUUAUGAAGAAGCAAGCAACAACCAAUACAGUGAAGGUGUUCAGAGAGAGGCACAAAGAAUUGCUUUGAAAUUAGGAAAUGGAGAUGACAAAAAAGAAGUAAUCACCAGCAACUCAGCCUUCAAACCUCCAGUUGAGAGCUAUGUUCAAAAAAAUAAGAAAAUCAUAAAAGCUGCCAAAGACUUGCCUCCAGAUGCACUUAUUAUAGAAUAUCGAGGAAAGUUCAUGCUGAGAGAACAAUUUGAAGCUAAUGGAUAUUUCUUCAAGAGGCCGUAUCCCUUUGUUCUGUUCUAUUCUAAAUUCCAUGGGCUAGAAAUGUGUGUGGAUGCAAGAACCUUUGGAAAUGAAGCUCGGUUUAUCAGACGUUCCUGUACACCCAAUGCUGAGGUUAGGCAUGCUAUUGAAGAUGGGACUAUUCAUCUUUACAUCUUUUCCACUGAAAACAUUCCCAAGGGAACAGAAAUAACUAUUGCAUUUGAUUUUGAUUAUGGAAAUUGCAAAUACAAAGUGGAUUGUGCUUGCCUCAAAGAAAAUCCUGAAUGCCCAAUUCUUAAGCGAGCUUCCGAACCUACAGAAAACAUAAAUACAGGAUAUGAAACUAGAAGAAAAAAGGGCAAAAAGGAGAGGGAUGCUUCAAAAGAGAAGGAGAGUCAAAACCAGAACAUAACCUUGGAUUGUGAAGGAGCAGCCACCAAAGCAAAGUUUCCAGACAACAGACAGAGGAAGCUUUCUCCCCUUCGGCUGUCAAUCUCAAAUAAUCAGGAGCCAGAUAUUAUUGAUGAUAUAGAAGAAAAAACUCCUAUUAGCAAUGAAGUAGAAAUGGAAUCAGAGGAGCAGAUUGCAGAAAGGAAAAGGAAGAUGACUAGAGAAGAACGGAAAAUGGAAGCUAUUCUUCAAGCUUUUGCCAGACUAGAAAAAAGAGAAAAAAGAAGAGAACAGGCUUUGGAAAGAAUCAGUACAGCUAAAACUGAAAUUAAAUCAGAAUGCAGGGAUACACAGAUCAUCAAUGACACAGAAUUUGUUCAGGAACCAGCAAAAGAAGAAACUGCCACUAAGCCAAUCCCUGCCAAAGUCAAUAGAGCAAAGCAGAGAAAAAGUUUCUCUCGGAGCAGAACUCACAUUGGACAGCAGCGGAGACGGCAUAGAACUGUUAGCAUGUGUUCAGAUAUCCAGCCAUCUUCUCCUGAUGUGGAAGUUAGUUCACAGCACAAUGAGCCUGAAAAUGCUGUACCUGCAGCUGAGCCUGAAACAGAGACAGCUGUUCCUGAAAUAGUUCCUGAACCAGAAGCCCCAGCACUUAAUAAAUGCCCUACUAAAUAUCCUAAAACAAAAAAGCACUUGGUGGAUGAGUGGUUAAGUGAGAAGAAUGAGAAGACAGGCAAACCAAUGGACAGCCUUUCAGAAAGGCCUCUGCGUAUAACGACAGAUCCUGAGGUUUUGGCUACACAGCUGAAUUCUUUGCCAGGUCUCACUUAUAGCCCCCAUGUAUAUACUACUCCAAAGCACUAUAUUCGUUUUACAUCACCGUUCCUUUCCGAAAAGCGACGGAGAAAAGAACCUGUGGAGAAUAUUAUUGGCUCCUGCAAAAAGCGUUGGUUAAAGCAAGCUCUGGAGGAAGAGAACUCAGCAGUUGUAGAUAAUUUAAAUUCACCGUCUCAUGAAAGAUCUAGAAGUCCUGCAAUCAAUGGUGAAAGUAGAAGCCCUUUAUUGUUGAAUGACAGCUGUUCUUUAGCAGAUCUCACCACACCAUUGAAAAAAAGAAGACUGUACCAGCUGUUGGAUUCAGCCUAUUCAGAAACCUCUACGCCUACUCCUUCUCCAUAUGCCACACCAACCCAUGCUGAUAUUUCAGCCUCAGAUCCAUUGUUGUUUGCUACUCCUCCAAGAAUAAAAGCAGAAGAUGAAAACUGUAGAAAUGGUUAUAAGCCCAUUUACUCACCUGUUACUCCAGUGAUUCCAUGCAUACAUGGAAAUGCAAUGCACUUUGAGAAUAUUUCUUCCCCUGAAAGUUCCCCAGAGGUUAAGAGGCGAACAUAUAAUCAAGAGGGAUAUGACCGGUCAUCAUCAACAAUGCUGACACUCAACCCGUUCAGAAAUUCCAAUCUUACAGAAAUGUGCCUGCAAGAAAUAAAGACUAUUGGCUAUUCUAGUCCAAGGAACAGGACUGAUAGCAGCAGGCAGUGCUCUGGAGAAAAGGAAGCCCCCUCAGACCUCCAGCUGGGACUUGAAGCAAUUGAGCAAAGUGCACUGCAUAAGACCAUAGAUGGCCCCUGUCAUGAGAGGACUGAUUCAAACAGCCAACUGGAAACGGCACACUGUGGUCGUGGAACUGUUUAUCCCACCUGGGUCAAAAGUCCUGACAGAACUGGUGUAAACUUCUCUAUGAAUUCUAAUUUGAGGGACUUAACACCUUCACACCAGUUGGAGGUAGGAGGUGGAUUCCGAAUCAGUGAGUCAAAGUGCCUAAUUCCAGAUGAUGCUCGAGGCAUAUUCAUGGAAUCACCGGUUUUUUGCACUUCUGAAGAUGGACUUGCAGCUGGCUUUGGAAGGGCUGUCGGCAGUGAGAGCUUAAUGGAUGGAAACUGCACACCCCAGAAUCCUCCACAAAAGAAAAAGGUGUCACUUUUAGAAUAUCGUAAAAGGCAGCGAGAAGCCAGAAAAAGUGGCUCCAAGACAGAAGGCUUUCCCCAUCUCAGCAUAUCACCACAUGCUGCUGGAACUGGAAACAACAGCGGUGUCACUGACGGCUACAGCAGUGUUGAAAAUGGGGAACCAGCAGAGAGGGAGCUGGCUGCUAGUGUCCCUUUACCUUUGCCAGCCACCGAGUCUAGUGCUGCUUCAGAAGAGACUGAAAAUUCCUCUGCAUCAAAAGAAGCUUCAAAUGAAAAGAACGAUCCAGAGGUUCAGUGGACUGCGUCAACAUCGGUGGAGCAAGUGAGGGAGCGAAGUUAUCAGCGAGCCUUGCUUCUUAGUGACCAUAGGAAAGACAAAGAUUCUGAUCCUGAAAAUCCUGAGCCCACAAGUGAAUGUCCGUCCCCAGAAGCUUCUGUGAAGGCUUGCAAAAGUCCUUUAAAAGUGAGCAAGACUUCUUCAUCAAGUCCUGUAGUUCCUGCUCAGUCCCUUGGGAAAACACCCACAAAACAGGAUGCCCAGUGGGAGGCAACAGCUGAAACUCCAGAGGUUGAGAACAUGACCCAAGCAAAAUCUGACCAGCAACAGAAGCCGUUGACAAAUAAUGCUGAAGCACUUUCAAAAUCCCAUCCACCCCAGCCCCACGUGCGUAGUACAACAGAGCAACUCUCACAGAAGCUUCCUUCUACACCAUUGAAGUUACAUUGUUCCCCUUCCCCUCAUGUAGAAAAUCCUCCCAAAUCCUCUACACCCCACGCCCCUGCACAGCAUGGCUACCUUUCACCAAAGCCUCAUUCACAACAAUUAGGAUCUCCAUACAGACCUCAUCAUCCUCAGUCACCUCAAGUGGGAACACCGCAGAGAGACUCUCAUAGAGGUUUUUAUGCGGCAACACAGAACCUUCAAGGCAGUACACAACAACAGCAGCCGCAGCAGCAGCAGUCGCAACCGCCACCUCCACAACCACCUAGUGGGACAUUGUUCUCGCAAACAUCUUCAGUUGCUUACAAUCAGUUUCACCAACAAAAUUUGAAUUCCACUGCUCCGCCCCCGCCCCCACCGCCACCCCCUUCCUCAACUUACUAUCAAAACCAGCAGCCCCCCUCAGGAAACUUUCAAAACUACAAUCAGUUAAAAAGUAGCAUCCCACCCCAACAAACUGUAUUUCCCUCUGGACCAAAUCAAACACUUGCUGGGACAACAUGCCAGCAAGCAGUUUCAGGACACCAUGUAACCAGUGGGCAUUUUUUGCCAUCUCAGAAUCCCAGUAUUCACCAUCAGACACCAGCCAUUGGUGCUCCUCCACCACCACCGCCGCCUCCUGCUCCAGGACCACAUCUUGUGCAGCAGCAAAGUACUCAUCAGCAGCAUGCAGUGGCCCACGUGGUAGGUCCUGUGCAUGCAGUAGCAGUGGCCCCAGGGUCACACAUCCAUUCUCAAACUACUGGUCAUCACCUGCCACCGCCACCUCCUCCUCCUGGCCCCCUUCCUCACCACCAUCCUACUCAUCCCACAGCUGGUCACCAAGGGUUGCAAGCACAACACCAGCAUAUAGUCAACUCAGCACCUCCGCCUCCACCUCCGCCACCCUCCAACGUGUUAAGCUCUGGGCACCACACAGCAUCAGCACAAGGACUGCACCAUCCAUCUCAUCAAGGGCCCCCCCUUUUUCCUUCAAGUGCUCAUUCAACUGUCUCUUCCUAUCCAUCCCAACCUCCACAUCAUACACCUUUGGGACCUGGCCCUCAGCAUCAGCCUGCUGCAACAGGACCCCACUGUCCACUCCCAGGUCAGGGUCCUCACAUCCAGCCUCAAGGACCAAACAGUAUUCCAACGCCAACACCUUCAGGGUUCUGUCCUCAUCCUGGCUCUGUAUCCCUUCCUCAUGGUGUGCAAGGACCUCAGCAGGCUUCUCCAGUGCCUGGACAAAUACCAAUUCACAGAGCACAGGUGCCACCAACUUUUCAAAACAAUUAUCAUGGGUCAGGGUGGCAUUAAAAUGGACCCCUUGCUUCUAAACAUUUUAAAAAUGUUCUGUAAAAACUGUAUAUUUCAUAUGUACCCGUUCAAGGUACUUUUUAAAGCUUGUACAUGAUACUUUGUAUAAAAGCAAACACCAGUGCGCGCGCGCUUGCUCUUUGUUUUUUUUCCUUUCCAUUUUUGCUUUUAAAAGUUCCUGAAACUGUGCUGUUGAGCCAGUAUUAGGUAUUUUUUAUUUUGUACGUGAACAUUCCAGCUGUUUGUUCUGGCAGUAGAUUUGAUGCUGCAUAACUUUAAAUUUUAUUGUUGCAGUUAAAUUCAUUUAGUGAAUGUUUUCUAUAUUUACUUUUUAUACAUAUGUAAUUAAAAUACACAGCUAAGUGACGGCACUAACAGGUUUUUCAUCUGUCUACAGUUUUUGUGUGCAUAUAGAUAGAAAAUGCAAUACAGAUUUUUAUAGUUUGGUGUGGACAUGGCUAUUUUAUUUUGACAGUUAUUUGCAGACAUGUAAUUUAAUGUAUAGAUUGUUUCUAAUGUCUCUGACAAGUGCUGUAAAUACUGUUCCUUUUGCGUGUAAAACUGCUUAACGCUUCUCAUUUGAUAUAGUAUUGUACAUACAAGUCUUUUGCAAAAGCGUGUGAUCUUUGUGAAAGUAGUACAGUAUAUGAACUUUAAUUUUUUUUAAUAUACUGUCACAUUGCAGCACUGGUUGGGCAUUUUAAUUCAUGUUAAUAAAUCACAAUUAUGUCAGUUUUAACAACACGUCCUCCUAACUUGCUGUUUUGAGAAAAAUGAUACUGAAAUGCAUUUGAUAAUCAUGACAUUGUAAGGAAUGCUAUUCCUAAGAAACCACUAAGAUUGUAGCAUGCAAGCCAUCAUUGGCAUCUCCAUGGCAUUACAGUAUCCUGGUCAAGCAAAAGUCCCUUAGCAGGAAAAGCAAUCCACACAACUUCUUGCCUUUUUAAACCAAUCCAACAUGCACCAUGGUACGUAAAAGAAGCCACACACAGACUGCAUUAUUGCCAUAACUGAGUCAAAACAAAAUGGAAAUUAACAUCAUAUAAACAGCCCAUGGCUGGUCUCAAAGGGGUUUUGGUAUCACCACAUCUGCUGAAAUGCAAUGUGGUGGUGCAGUAGAAAAUUAAAAGAACCUUUAAGUAACGGACUGUGGUCCGUCAUCCUUCACAGUAAAAUAUUGCUGUCAUCAGAUUGGUAGCGCUUCUGAAGAAGUUAAUUUGGUUUUAAAUUCAAUGUGGAAUGCUGUAGAAGGAGGGUGGCUUCUAAUAACUGUCUGUCUGUUCUUCCAAAAUAUGAAGCCCAGAAUCCAUACAGGCAUCCAUCCUGGUUGUAGAUCUCAUAUGUACAGUGGCCCCAACCCUGAGAUCCUCCUGUACUUCACAUGCUGUUAGAACCGCUUUGUAAUAGAGUAGAAACCUAUAUCAUCUGUUUGGGGGUGGAGCUAAGAGUGCUUAGACUAAACUCAAGCUCUCAAAAUCUGUUUUACCAAUAGAUGGCUAUGAUAGAGUUCUAAUAUACAGAGUUUACAAGCCAGUAAUUACAGGGAAAGCAUAUUCCUCUUAUGCUGCAGCCAGUAGCAAUCUCCAAUAGAAGGGGGAAAUAUGCUUAGCCAAAACCAUAGGAGGCACAAGCCUUGGAGUUGUCAGAAUCACCACAAAAUAAUCAGAAAAACAGCCUUCAUGAAGAACCUGUAUGAAUUCCAUUUUUUUAAACUUGCGAGAUUACUACAUACCUUUAUAAAAAAAACUUCACAUGACAUGACUAUCUGAUUAUCCACAUGCUGCAUGGAGUUUCAUCAUUUCAUUGCAUACAUAACCAAUUUUGCUUACCUCUCAGUGAUAAAAUGAUUUUAUUUAUUGGCCUUUUGCAAAUAGUUUUGACAUAGUAGUAAAUGCGGUAUAGUGUAGUAAAGUCUCUGAAAGUCUGCAAGGAAUAGUUAAUCUCAAUGGGGGCAGGUUUUACUAGCAACCUGGAAGCCGCAUUUGGCAAAGGCCAGAAAAGUUGACUUGUAUAUUUAAUCUCUCUUUUUAUUUGUAAAAAAAUCACUGGCCAUGUACUGUAAAUGUUGCUGCAGUGGGCUUUGUUAACUGAAAAUGUUUUUAAAAGCUUUUUAAAAAUUGAAUUAACAAAGGGAGUGCUGCUCUCUAGUGAAACUUACAUGGGAUAAGUGACAAGACAGAAAUGCUCCCCAUGCCCUCAAGGGGACUUCUUGAUUUUUCCCAAUACAGUACAAGUUAUAUUUGGUGAGUACUGGGGAUCACACAAAUAUCUCUGGGAGGUUGGAUGCUACCUAUGAGCUAUUUUUUAUCCAUUUCUAAUCUAAACAAUCAGAAAGCACUUUCAAAUUAGCUGCCAUCUCAACGUGGUUAAGUCCUUUUUUGUAAGAAUUCUUUUCCAGUGACAUUAAUCAACACUAAUCCAUGAAUUGAUACAGGGAGUAUAACACCUUUUUACCACUGGCAAGAAUACAGGAUCAAGCUCACAAAAAAGAGUUCAUUACAAAGUGAAAAGUUCAUUCAUAACCUAAAAACAUAGAUACAAUCAUACAGAACUUGCCUUUUGAAAGGCAAGUGAGUGUAAAUUACUUCCAGUACACUUUUCCUUACAGAUUUGAGAAUAACUGUCAAGCCCGCUCAACCGGGAAUUGUAGUACACAGCUGAUUUCUAGGGGCUGCAUGCGACACAGAACAAGUAUUCUCCUAAUGGUAGGCCUAGCCCUGUUCAUGGACCUAAGUCUCAUUCUAGAAGCCAUCCGUGCAGUCAUGCCAGCAGAGCCCUUUGUUACGACACUGAAAGAUGGCGGCACAAAAGGGGCAAGACAUAGCAGGUGCAACUGGGGGACAAUACCAUAUACAUUUACAGUGCUGCUUUAUGGAUUUUCCAAACUGUAGUAGCAUUAACAGGUUUCUAUCUCACUGGCUUUCUAAGACAAGGUGUCCCUUUUUCUGCAAUCAAAUGCAGUCAUAGUUAAUUGGAAACUUACCAAUUUGUAAACAGUUUGGUCUCUAAUUUAAAGCCAGAGCUGUGAAUGACCACACAAUUAGUGACCUUGAAGCUGAUCCUCAAUAAAUCAAGAAGCCCUGAAGGAAAAUCUUUUGUUGGCUUCUGUAACUCAUUUUUAAAAAGAGACCACAAUUGAUACAUGUAGCAUUCUACAGGUGGAAUUCAACCUACUGGCUAUUGUAAUGGAAGGGGGAAAUUUUGUGCUCAAAAGUAUGUGAUUCAUUUGCAAGUCUGACAUCAGUGGCAAAAAAGAAAAAGGUGCAUCUGUCAGUCACAGCCAUUAGCUCCAAGACCACAGACCACCUGAAACCUGCCAUGCAUACGAAGGGGACACUAAGAAUAUGUACACGUGGGAGGUUGACUUUUUGAAAUUUAUAAAUUUUAAUGGUGAUCUGUGUACUGUAUUUGAAUUCUAAAGUAUCUUUCAUUACUCUGUGGCUGACUUCCCUAGUCAAUGCAUAGGAAGUUGAGGAGUAGUUUGAGGUACUGUAUUAGAAGGAUGUGACCUCUCUUCUGCAACAGAACAGCCCAUCCACAUGAAGUGGCCAGACCCCCUACCUUACCAGGCUCCAGAAGAGCACAAGGAUAGCAGGCAUGCCUAGGGAUGUCAGCAGCCAUUGCUUCACUAAAGAAUAUGGAGACAUCAUCUCCAAUUUUUUGCAGCAGCAUAACUGGGUAAUAGUUUCACUGUCUGAAACUAAGGACCAAAGGCACUUUGGGAUUACAGUAUUUGAAGGGCCACUACUGUUCAUAAACAUGUUAAAUCAGACUUGUUAAUUUUAACAUAUUUAACAUGUAUAGUCCUCACAGUUCUCUUAGUCUAAAAGGAUUUAAACUCCCAUGGAAAGCUUUUUAAAUGCCUAAUGUAGUGAUGGGUAAUCCUGAUUUUUUGUGGUGUGUAUAUACAGUCCAAGUUGAAUAAUUCAUGUGUGUGACUGCACCAAUGAACACCCCAAAAUUACACUUAACCAAUCUGUUUUUACCACAUGAAGAGGCUCAAUUUACCAAGGCGGGCCUUGCAGAAUGUUGCUCUUUCAUUUUGGCACAAACUGCCACAAGGCUGCUCUGAUUUUUUUACACCCCGUAUUUUAAAAAGUUUAUGGAAUGU